CUUUUAUUUUGAAAUGUAUUGUAGCGGUGCUUUUAAAUUUGCCCGGAUCAACGCUUCCUGUUACUACAACACCAACAAAAACAAACGGUGCCACCUGUGUGUGUUACAGUGAGAUGUCUUUAGUGCGGAUGAACCGUCCUUUAUAUGGUUCGGGUAAAAGACCAGUGCGAAGCAGGAAGGUGUCUGCACCAAAACCAAAGAAAGAAUGGGUGAGCACAGUCAAUGAUCUUUCAGUGCAUAGAGCCACACCAGAGGAACUGGCUCGACGUCAUGAGAUGCACAGAUCUCAGAACAGGGUCGUGGCACAGUGGGAAUUAAAAGAAAAGGCUCUAACACGCAGACGGAGGAAAAACCAGCCCCCCAGUCCUCCAGGGCUUGAUAGAGCCCGACUCAACAUCAUCAGAGAGUUGUUUUCAGAUCAGUGUCAGUUGCAGGAUGUCAUUGCACGGUCUGACAGAGCUUUGGCUGAGGUGAAAGACCUGUUUGGUGAUGCACCCCGUCGACGCACAGGAUUCCCCACCAUUACUGUGGCACCUGACUGUGAUUCUGACUCUGAGCUUCCUGUCCAUCAAAAACCUGAUCCUCCAACCCAGCUGUCAUUGCUCAGCCAGACUAUGAUGGAUCAGCAGGCCCUGAAUGAGUUGGAGGAGUGUGAAGAGGAACAUGAUGAAGUCCAGGAUGCCCCGGUGCACCUCAGCUCUGUGAUGCACAGAAAAAGAAAUAAAUGUAGGUCGAAGUCCUUUCCAUGGACCUCAGAUCAUCCGGAGCAAGAGCUACCCAAGACACCAUGUAAUACUGGAGUCAGAGAAGAUCAGGCAGCCCUCAACGCCACGGUGGCUGUACAGCGUUUAAAAUCCAGACAGACUUAUCCUGAUGUAAACCAAUCUACCUCACUAGUCAACCAGGUUCUGAACCCAGAGCCUGCUUGCUCUCAACCAGAGAUUAAGAGCAGGUCAGUUCAAGCCAAUAGGGGGCGUUCCGGACAUACCUCUGGCCUGAACAGCUCAAGGUUAAACUCUCUGGCAGGAAACCAGUCCAGUCUGGAGCUUCUGCAGGGCAUGCUUGAGCAAGUGGAGACUGAGCUGGACUUUCUAGACCACCAGAAUCCUUCACCAGAAGCUGGACCACAGCAACAGAGACCAGGCCUCACCGGCUUCUCUGUGGCUCUAGUGGCGACACUUGGACGUCUAGCCAGUCAUAUUAGAAAAAAAGAAGAGGAGGCUCUGAGGGAGGCACAGGAGAGAAGACGACUAGAGGAGGAGGUGAAGGAGCAGAGAGCUUUGAUUGACGCCCUGACUGUAGAGUCACUGACACUGAGGGAAGAGAGUGCCAACCUGCAGGCGAGUCUGCAGCAGCAGAUAUCUGACCUAGAGCGACGUCUAGAUGCUGUAGUCCUGGUGGUGGGAAGACCAGAUUCUGCAGAACCACACACAACAGAGCAAAUCACAGAUAAUGCAGCUCAAAAAAGCAGAAAUCUGGAGUCUGGCUAUACUGAAAAGGAUCUACAGCAACAGGACUUUGUCUCUGCAGCCGUGCUGCUCUCUCCUCCUCGUCAAAGAGAUGGUCUGCCUCCUGCAGCAUGUCGUCCACAUUCACAUGCACCCCACUGCAACAGUGGCUCCUGUGCAGCAACGAGAAGUCAGGGUUCACUGGAGGACUUUGACAUCUCCAUCUCUCCUUCCUCCUUCGCUAGCCUACCACGGCCCACUCCUCUGCUGGACGAUCUCUCUCAAGAAGCCAUGUUAGGGGAGAUCGCCGAACUGACACGUCAGAACGCAGCGAUCCGGGCCCAGUUGGGGCAGCACCGUCCAUCUCCAGCUGGAGCUUCAGUGUCGAGGGAGCAGAGCGCAGACCGGCUUUCCACAGCCAGUUCUGUAGUUAGACCAGUGUCGCCCUCUACAGAGCUACAGCACACACAGCAGCCUAUUUCUGUAGAGAGAUCCUCAACGAUGGAGAUUGAACAAAAACUGCAGGAGCUGAACCGCCAAAGUGCUGAAGCAAGAGCUAAACUACUAGAGCUCAUUGAACAACAGAAACAGAGCACCUCCCUCAGAGUUUCCCCUGCCAUUUCCCCAGUACCUCCUCACUCCAGCAGCACUCAUACAGUUAGAAGGUUAACUCCAGAGCAAUUUUUGACACUUCCUGAGAGAAACCAUUCACCACAACCCAGUGCAAGUAGCCGAAGGUCAACUGGAAGAGUCUCACCACAAAGUUUGGAUAGUGUGGAAAUCCAGAGGCUUGAGAAUCAAGUGGACAAGCUGAAAAGAGAGGGCUGGUUUGCAUUGUCAGCUCAUGUCAAAUGACUUGAGCUCAAGGAAUAUGGUCUAUGAAUAACAUUUAUAUUUCCAUGCACAAUAUUAUUCCAAUACAUUUGACAUCCCUAGUUUGGUCUGAUCCUUACUGCAGCAUACCUGUGUAAUGCUCAUGUUGAGAGCGCCUGUCUCUGCAACAAACCAUGAGAAUUAUGUGGGAGGUGUUGGCAUGGCCAGAUUACAUUGAUAAACAAUAGAUAACUUCAGACAGUUUGACCUAGUAUGACAUUUACUUGAAUCUUCAUAUGAAGUAUUUUAAAUAUCAGUGUGCAUGCAGACAUACUGAUUGACUGUUCAACUUUAUUUAACAUAUUAGUUCUAUAAUUUUUUUCAGAAAUGUAUAAUUCCACAAUAAAUUUUAGUUA